CUUCUGAGAAGUGCAGAGAUUGUUUGCACUACUAUCAACUUGUCUCCUGACGAAACCGUGGCUUAACCAGCGAUAUGUGUUUAUUGUACUCAACACACACCCGACUUCUGAGUAGUAUGCCCGUAUCUGAACAAAACCUCAAGUGACAAACAAAAUCGGGGUCGUAAACCCUGCCUCGCGAUAAGAAAGGAGGAACGGCAUUUCAAGAUGGCCUCUUCAGGAUAUUUUCCAGUUUUAUUAUGGCUUCUACUGGUUAUUUUGUUGGAAGUUGUUCUGCCGGCCAGGGGUGAGAUCUGCUACCAAAGUAGAAACUUCUAUUCGUACUUCAUGUACUGCUCUACUUCAUGUUGCGGUUACUCCUACUAUCGAUACUGCUGUGACUAUAGUUUGGCAGCUGGCUCCAUAGCCGGUAUAGUCAUCGGCUCGCUAUUCGGCUUAGCAAUGCUGGUAACAUGCAUUGUGUGUCUUUGUUCAGCUUGUAACAAAACUGGGACUACGAGAGGACGAGUUGUCUACCCUAACACCACCGGACAAGCAUCUGUGGCGGUCGUCAACACCACUAACUUCACCAACCAAGGAACAGCAUAUCCUCCACACGGACAAGCCUACCCACAACACGGAGCCUAUCCUCCCCAGGGACAAGCUCAUCCUGGACAAGCCUAUCCGCCUCCUCCACCAGCUUACCCAGCUCAGGGACCAGCCUAUCCAGGUCAGGGACCAGCCUACCCCCCGCCGGAGUCUGGACAAUUUGUACCUCCACCAAAAUAUUCUGCCACUUGAAAACACAAAUCUCCGACAAACAUUGUUGAGAUACACUUAUAAAUCCGUCCAUAUUUUUUAAUUCAAUUUAGUGUCCUUUUACUGAGCCUUUAUAAAACAUUAUUGAUGAUAAAUUGUGUUACACCUUUAAUUACGUAAUUGGUCGGGGUAAAUUCAUUAGCAGUAUGGAAAGAAUGAAAAAUCAUAAAAACAUCCGAGAUAAAAUAUUCCGCACCAAUGAAAUAGAUUAAUCCACUCAAUUCAAUUAUUUUAUUGCUUUUGGCCGUAUGGCCUAUCAGUCACAAAACAUUGCACAUGAAAUACAUAAACUACAGCAUGGCGUAUGCACAACAGGAUAUAACAUAUAGAGAAUGAGACAUCAUAACAUCAAUGAUUGGUUUAGUAAUUAUUUCUUUAUUUAGUAGCUUUAUGUAUAUAUUUUCCUAGAGAACACAGGUCCUUUACAUUUUCUACUCUCAAUAGUUGAAUUAAUUUAAAAACAGAUGGGUUAUUCAAGAAAUAACGUUUGGUGUACUUUUCCCUUAAAUUUCUAUAACUAUAAAAAAAAAACUAUAACAUUCAAAAAUAAAAUGAUAUUCAUCUUCAGUUUGUUGUCUGGUAUUGCACAUAUUACAAAAUCGUCUUAAUCUUGGAGUAUUAUUAUAUCUACUUGCUUCAAUGGCUAAACAAUGCGCAGAUAGACGUAUCUUAGUAAAACACAUUCUAAAUCUUUUAUGAAUAUAUUUGGUAAGAUAAAAAGGUAGUGUGACAUUAUCCACAAGAUGUUUAUAUACAUAUAUGACAUUUUGAGGACGACUCUAAUAAAUGGUGUAGGUGUUGCUGGGCUUGGUCAAAAUUUCUCUGCUUUAUAACUGGCAAAAUAUUGUCGAUAUAGCUUGCAUACAUUUGCUGGUUUUUCCACACAUAUUCAAACCAAGCGAAAAAAGUUAUUUUUUUAACAAAAGUUAUCCAGUUGAAACCAUUUCUUAUAUUACAGUAUUUUAAAAAUCCAUUUACUACAUGUAGAUAGAGUAUGCUGGCGGUCCACAUGUUCCUGAUCAUCUAUGACAAACGAUUCGUUAAAUAUUGCAAGAACCCAAUGAUUUUCAUCAGUCUACUUUACUCUCGGGUGCGUCAUCGGAGGUGCUAUAUGUAAUGACAUAGUUGACAACGAAGCCAUCUGCACCAAAGGAUUUAUUUUCGUUAUUACAUACCGUAUACUUUGAUUAAUGUUUUAUUUUUGAUAAUAUAGUUUAAGUAAUUUAGCUUUAAAAUCAACACAUGUAUAUUUAUUCAAUACUUAACAAUCAUGGUUUCAUACACGACAAAUGAUUAUGUUCAUGAUUUACCUGAUAAUGCUACGGAUCUAUGUAGGUUAAUGAUAUCUUCCAUGACAAUGUGGUAAUGUUUCAAAUUUUAGUUCUAAUUGUUUAAAUAUUUGUUUGUUUGAUAUAAUCUGAUUUUGAAUAAAAUAUAUUUCUAUA